AUGAGGCACAUUUUGAUUAAUACAGAUCUUGCGCGUCACCCAAAGCUUGUAACGGUUGGAGGAACCUACGAUGCUCCAAAGAUGCAAAUCAAGAUCAUCACCGGAGAGCCGAAUGACGGGAAGCCGGUAUCACACAGCCCGGUCGACUCUCAAACCGCCAAUCUACAAAAUGAUGCUCCUCCUCAACAUCCAG